UUGGCAAAAACUUGGAUUCAAUACAAUAGUUGUCUCUUUCGCAAAUUUUGCACCUCAUAGCAACUGUUACAAGUAUGUGAGCUACAUAUGUAUCAAUUGCUUCAACCACAUUACUCAUCUUCCCCAGUUCUUCUCUCAUCUGCACCGAGCGUUAAUGUGUUUGAAGGGGAAAGGGAAGAGCGGAUGAUGAUGACAGGAAUGCACACUGUUGUUGACAUCUAUUGUGUGGGCUGUUGCAGUUUGCUUGGCUGGAAAUAUGAAUCCGCUGAGGACAAAAGCCAGAAAUACAAGGAAGGGAAAUUCAUCCUGGAAAGGUUCCAAAUACUGGGACCUGAUGGAAGCGGCUACUCAGGUAGCCAUGAGGCUCAGCUUGAAGGAGGGAGUGAUGGCGAUGAAGCCUGAUGAUCUGAUCUCAUCUCAUCUCCCAUCAUCACUUAAGAAGUAAUCAUCUGUCUUUUAUUAUUCCCUUCCAGUUGUACAUCCUCAGCUCAGUGACCCAUAUAAUGCAAGUAGCCUAACACACAAAGUUUUGCAGCAUAUACUUUUUAGAAUGGAGAUUGUCUCUCCAUUUCACAAUGAUUGCCUGUCCUGUAAAAUAAAUGAGUAAAAUUUAGUCA